AGUCUCCUAGCAACGACGCUUAGAAUCUUGGACACAGCUCUUUUCUUUCGAUCCACACCGGCCACUCUCUACCCGCAAUCCCCCAGUUUUUCUAGCCCCUUUGCACCCCUCAAACUCCAGAGCCCCCGCCUCGAUUUCCUUUUGUCUUCCACCCCACCUCAUUAAUUGGCUCUGAAUCAACCACUCUCCCUUGUCCCUCAAGUCUCUUGGGUUCCGCCUUCCCCGGGGCUGUCCAAGUCGGUCUGCUUUUUUCCCUUCGUUCUAAUCCCAUGCCAGUCCAGUAGCCUUUAAAUCAUGCCCGGAGCUAAGCUUGCCCAGAGUCCAGAGGAAGGGGGCGUGUGCAUUACUGAAGCCCUUAUCACUAAGCGAAACUUGGCUUUCCCUGAGGAUGAGGAUCUGUCAGAGAAGAUGUUUCACACUCUGGCUGAACUACAGACUGUCCGCCUGGACCGGGAGGGAAUUACCACCAUCGGGAACCUUGAGGGCCUCCAGAACCUUCACAGCCUUUAUCUGCAAGCGAAUAAGAUCCAGCGAAUUGAGAACCUGGCCUGCAUCCCCUCCUUGCGCUUCCUGUCUCUGGCAGGAAACCAAAUCAAGCAGGUGGAAAACCUCCGUGACCUCCCACAUCUCCAGUUUCUGGACCUUUCUGAGAACCUGAUAGAAACACUGAAGCUGGAUGAGUUCCCCCAGAGCCUUCUCAUCCUCAACCUGACUGGGAACAGCUGCACCAGCCAGGAUGGCUACAGGGAGCUGGUGACAGAAGCCCUGCCCCUGCUCCUGGACCUGGACAAGCAGCCUGUGGCAGAGCGCUGGACCUCGGAUGAGGAUGAGGAAGCCUCGGGCAAUGAGGAGGAGGAGUUCCCGGAGCUGAGUGGCCCAUUCUGCACAGAGCGAGGCUUCCUCCAGGAGCUGGAGCAGGAGAUGGGCAGACACAAGGAGCGCAGACAGCAGGCAGCCCUGACUGAGCACCUUCUGAGGAUGGAGACAAAGCCCACCCUCACUGACCUCCCCCUGCGGCCUGGGGGGCCCGUGGCUAAGGACAGCAGUCCCUCUGUCAGUCCCAGGCAAGGGAAGGAGACGCCCCCCAAGCCCGCCUCCUUGCCACAAGCCACCUCUACCACCAAGAAACCCUGCCCUCUGGUUUCCAGCCAGCAAAGCACUGUCCAGGCAAAGAAGGGGACCAGAGCAGCCACAGCCCCCAAGGCCUCUGUGGCCGGGGCCGCCAGCACAGCCAAAACUGUGACCGAAAGAAUCAAGAAGUGAAGUGCACCCCGUCCCUGCCAGCAAUACCCCAGGAACAGGAACGGGGAAGAACGGGGCAUGGGGUGGGCCUCCCCUCCUUCUCAGACCCCUCACCUGUUGUAGGAGCCCACCCCAGUAAAAUGUCUCCCGGCCCUGA